GCUGGUAGGAAGGGGACACGCGGAGAGAGCGAGAGAGAGAGACACACGAGGCUUUCUGCAAUGAAAAUUUAAUUAAUGUGGGUGGGCUGAGGGAACACAACGAGUGUUUAUCAUAGACAAUUUAUUUUCCAGCGCUAAGUCAACAUAAAACAGAAAAAAAGGACAACAAUUAUUUAACAUUUAGACUCAUGAAGCGGACACACCGGUGGCGAGCUCCCCAGACUGAAAGUGUCCUCCGAAGUCAUGAGUUUAUACCACAGCCCAGUGCCGCAGCCCGGCGUGGCUGCAUCGGCUCUCAGUCUAUCGAAUUCCUCCCUAAUCUAUGUUUACGGUGGCGAAGUUGGAGGCAUCAUUCCCGCUUUGGGAUUCGCGUCCAGUCGACAGGAGCCUCCACAGAAACCUCCCUACAGCUACAUCGCGCUCAUCGCCAUGGCAAUUAAGAACGCGCCGGACAAGCGCGCGACGCUGAGCGGGAUCUAUCAGUUCAUCAUGGACCGCUUCCCCUAUUACCAUGACAACAAGCAGGGCUGGCAGAACUCUAUCCGCCACAACCUCUCGCUGAACGACUGCUUUAUUAAAGUGCCCAGGGAAAAGGGGCGACCAGGGAAGGGGAGCUACUGGACGCUGGACACCAAAUGUCUGGACAUGUUCGAGAACGGAAACUACAGGCGGCGAAAGAGAAAGUGCAGGGGUCAGGAGACGGUUGAGACUAAAGUCGCUCUCAAGAGAACACGAGCAACGACUUCCAAACUUCACCACGGUACCCAUGUGGAGAAAGCGUCAGAUUUAAGCAAACAGCAACACGAAAAACAUCCUGAAACCGAUAUAAACGUGCACGAGAAGUUUAACGGCACCCAACCACAGAAUAGGGAGGCAAACGUGGGCGCACACGCCUCCGACUCCACGAGAGACUGGUGUUUGGCACCCUCGACCACAGUGGGAUGCCCGACGUAUGAACAGACCAGCACAGUGUCUCUUAACACCCAAACUCGAACAAACACACCGAGUUUAAGCGCGCAAGAGACGCUUGAACCCCUGAAGAAUGACAUUGGAAGCGCGCAAAACGGAGACGCCAAAUUCAAAGUAAUAAAUGCGCAGACGCAACCUCGAAAAAACACAGACAAGUCGAAGGAGUUUAGCAUUGACAGUAUUCUGUCGAAAAAGGAGAGCCAGUUCCAGCGGAGGUGCGGGGAUUCUGGAGGAGUGCCUGUUGAGUGUGUGGAGUCGCUCGGUUACGCGCUCACGUCCUCGCUGAUCGCACACGCGCAUCCACAGCUGUACCCGCACGGAUUCCCGCUCUGCUCCUACCUGUCUCUCACCUGUCCUGACAAAACUCUGAACUUCAGAGAGAAAACAGGCGAGAAAUUAUUCUUUUGACGACCCUUUUAUGGCUUCACGUAUCACAGACAGUCUGGCAAAUAGUUUUAUGUCAAAAAACAUUCAAUGAAUUCAGUCUCAUAAACAUUCUUAUUUUCUUUUUAUUAUUAUGAAUUGCAAACUAAACGCUUUAAAACAUAUAUCGAGAAUUCAGGAGGAUAAUGUUAUUAUUGUUUCUUCUACUACUAUAAUUGUUGUUGUUGUUGUCGUUAUGGGAUUCAACAUGGGUGGCCUGUAAGGCCAAUCUACAGAAUCUAUACAGUACACAUACUAACAGUAGUUCAUUCUAUGAUGUGUAUACAAUGAUCAAGAACGCACCCAUUGCAAAUCAUCCAAAAUACAGAUGUCUUUGUAAUGUUAUUGUUUAUAUGAACAAGAGUUUUAUAUGUUCCUCUGUGCUUAUGACAGAUACUUGACAAAUUGCUUUGGGCUGUUGUUCUUGUCCUCUCCUCUAUAGAUACACACAAACUAAAACUUGAUUUACUGCUUAAAGACACAUUUAUGGAAAGAAAAUGAAAUUAUUUGGUUGUACCUUGGACUUUCAAAGAGAGAUAUUGAGUUAAACAGAGAACUCAAUUCUUCAAAUAAACAAUGAGUAUGA